AUGGUUGCCGUGACGACGCUGAGGAUCUACAACAAGGACUCGGUGGUUUCGGGCGCGCUGCCGCCGAGCUGGGGCGGACUGACGCAGCUGCAGAAUGUGGACCUGCACGGCAACGCGCUGACGGGCAGCCUGCCCGCGGCGUGGAGCGGGAUGACGGCCCUGAAGGAGGUGUACCUGGACAGCAACCAGCUCAGCGGGCCGCUGCCUGCUGCGUGGAGCGACAUGCCGGCGCUGGAGACCCUGAUGGCCGCGUACAACAAGCUGAGCGGCGCGCUGCCACCGGAGUGGGGAGCUAUGAAGAAGCUGCAACUGAUGGACCUGAGCGACAACGCCCUGUCCGGCACGCUGCCCGAUGCGUGGAGCGCGAUGAGUGCCCUUGUGACGCUGACGGUGAGCGCGAAUGACCUGAGCGGCCCGCUGCCCGCGUCGUGGGCGACGAUGCCGGCGCUGCAGUACGCGAUGGUGUUCGGCAACGCGUUCUGCGGCUGCGUGCCUGCGGAGUGGACGAAGAAGGCGCAGCUGCAGGUGAUGGCGGACGCGUCCAUGACUGCCAGCGACUGCGCGACGGCCAACGCGUGUGAGACGAAUCCCCCCACACCAACGCCCACCGCGACACCGGAAGUGCGCCGCUCAUCGGGUCCCAAUCUCACUCCGUUGUGGUGUGUAUUGGGCGUGGUGUGCGGUCUGCUGAUAUUCGGCGGCGUCGUGCUCGCCAUCGUGAUGUACCGUCGCCGGCUGUGCAAGCUGUCUGCUGAGAAGAAGGGCGUGGAGGAGGACACGCGCGAGCCCUUCUCUUCCAAAGCAGACUCGACGGUGUAG